CUUCGUCGGGGCCUUCAGUAGCGCUGCGGCAUUCAAAUGACGAAGGUAAAACAAGCGAGCAGGUGAAGAGAAGCUGAAAUAAAUUAAGAUGGCAGAGAACGACGUGGACAACGAACUGCUGGACUAUGAGGAGGACGAGGUGGACGCGGCAGGAGGUGUGGUGGACGGAGGCCUGGCCGGCGACGGCGGCAACGCGGCCCUGAGGAAAGAGGGGCUGAAGGGAUCCUACGUGUCCAUCCACUCGUCAGGGUUCAGGGACUUUCUGUUGAAGCCCGAGCUCCUCAGGGCCAUCGUGGACUGUGGAUUCGAGCAUCCGUCUGAGGUUCAGCACGAGUGCAUUCCUCAGGCCAUCUUGGGCAUGGAUGUGUUAUGCCAGGCCAAGUCCGGCAUGGGAAAGACGGCCGUCUUUGUCCUGGCUACGCUCCAGCAGAUCGAACCCGUGACCGGACAGGUGUCAGUGCUGGUAAUGUGCCACACCCGGGAGCUGGCAUUUCAAAUCAGCAAAGAGUACGAGCGCUUCUCCAAGUACAUGCCCACUGUCAAGGUGGCAGUGUUCUUUGGGGGUUUGCCUAUCAAGAAGGAUGAGGAAACCCUAAAAAGGGAGAGUCCUCACAUCGUGGUGGGGACGCCCGGCCGCAUCCUGGCCCUGGCACGCAGCAAGAGCCUCAACCUGCGCCACAUCAAGCACUUCAUCCUGGACGAGUGUGACAAGAUGCUCGAACAGCUGGACAUGCGGCGUGACGUCCAGGAGAUUUUCCGCAUGACCCCGCACGAGAAGCAGGUCAUGAUGUUCAGCGCCACCCUGAGCAAAGAAAUCCGCCCGGUCUGCCGAAAGUUCAUGCAAGACCCGAUGGAGAUAUUCGUGGACGACGAGACCAAGCUGACCCUGCACGGCCUGCAGCAGUACUACGUCAAGCUGAAGGACAACGAGAAGAACCGGAAGCUCUUCGACCUGCUGGACGUCUUAGAAUUCAACCAGGUGGUGAUCUUCGUGAAGUCGGUGCAGCGGUGUAUCGCCCUGGCCCAGCUGCUGGUGGAGCAGAACUUCCCGGCCAUCGCCAUCCACAGAGCCAUGCCCCAGGACGAGAGACUCGCUCGGUAUCAGCAGUUCAAGGACUUUCAGAGGCGGAUCCUGGUGGCCACCAACCUGUUCGGCCGAGGAAUGGACAUCGAGAGGGUCAACAUUGCCUUCAACUACGACAUGCCCGAGGAUUCGGAUACGUACCUGCACAGGGUCGCCCGAGCGGGCAGGUUCGGCACAAAGGGUUUGGCCAUCACGUUCGUGUCGGACGAAAACGAUGCCCGGACUCUGAACGAUGUCCAGGACAGGUUCGAAGUGAACAUCAGUGAGCUUCCCGAGGAGAUCGACAUCUCAUCAUACAGUAAGUCCUGA